CCCGGAAGGACGCUAAUGGAGCGGUGCCUGCCGGCCCUAGGCAAAGCAAUGGCGCCGCUGCUGGAGUACGAGAGGCAGCUGGUACUAGAACUGCUCGACAGCGACGGGUUGGUGGUGUGCGCCCGCGGGCUUGGCGCCGACCGACUUCUCUACCAUUUCCUGCGGUUGCACUGCCACCCGGCCUGCCUGGUGCUGGUGCUCAACACGCAGCCGGCCGAGGAGGAAUAUUUUAUCAAUCAGUUGAAGAUAGAAGGAGUUGAACACCUCCCUCGACGUGUGACAAAUGAAAUCACAAGUAGCAGUCGCUAUGAAGUGUACACACAAGGUGGUAUUAUAUUCGCAACAAGCCGAAUACUUGUGGUUGACUUCUUGACUGAUAGGAUACCUUCAGAUUUAAUAACUGGCAUCCUCGUGUACAGAGCACACAGGAUCAUUGAGUCCUGCCAAGAAGCCUUCAUCCUGCGUCUUUUCCGCCAGAAAAACAAGCGUGGCUUCAUCAAAGCUUUCACAGACAACGCUGUAGCUUUUGACACUGGUUUUUGUCAUGUGGAGAGAGUAAUGAGGAACCUUUUUGUGAGGAAGCUCUACCUGUGGCCAAGGUUCCAUGUAGCAGUCAACUCCUUCUUAGAACAGCACAAGCCUGAAGUGGUAGAGAUUCACGUGUCCAUGACUCCUGCCAUGCUCUCUAUCCAAACAGCCAUACUAGACAUCUUAAGCGCAUGUCUGAAGGAACUGAAGUGCCACAACCCAUCUCUAGAAGUGGAAGAUUUGUCAUUAGAAAAUGCUCUCGGGAAGCCAUUUGACAAGACAAUCCGCCAUUACUUGGACCCUUUAUGGCACCAGCUUGGAGCCAAGACUAAAUCCUUGGUGCAGGAUCUAAAGAUACUAAGGACCCUACUGCAGUAUCUCUCUCAGUAUGAUUGUGUGACAUUUCUCAAUCUUCUAGAGUCUCUGAGAGCCACAGAGAAAGUGUUUGGCCAGAACUCAGGCUGGCUUUUCCUGGAUGCUAGCACCUCCAUGUUUGUGAAUGCCCGUGCACGUGUUUAUCGCGUUCCAGAUGCCAAACUGAACAAAAAGGCCAAAAUGUCCGAGAAGGUGGCGAGUGCAGAAGCGCAAGAAACAAAAAGGGAACUGGUCCUAGAAGGCAACCCAAAGUGGGAGGCAUUAAGUGAAAUCCUGAAAGAAAUCGAGGCUGAAAACAAGGAGAGUGAAGCCCUUGGAGGUCCAGGCCAGGUGCUGAUCUGUGCAAGUGAUGACCGCACAUGCUGCCAGCUCAGAGACUACCUGACCGUGGGGGCGGAAGCCUUCCUGCUGCGGCUCUACAGGAAAACCUUUGAGAAGGACAGCAAAGCUGAAGAAGCGUGGGUGAAUUUUAGAAAGGAGGAUGGCGCAAAGAGAACCAUGAAGUCUGACAAGAAACCCAAAGAUGCCCAGAACAGAGAACGCACCUCUACCAAAAAAGGGGCUCCCAGAAGGAAGAAGAGAGAGUUGACUCUGAUGCAAGUGAUGGGGACUGCUGAGGAGCCGCCAGAGGAAGAGGCUGCUGAGGAAGGCCGCCCCAGACAGGUCGCCAGUAGCCCAGAAGGCUGCGGAGGGGAGGUUCAGCACGAAGCUUUUGAUUUAAAUUUGUCAUCUGAUGCGGCCUAUGGCAUCCUGAAAGAGCCUCUGACCAUCAUCCAUCCGCUUCUGGGGUGCAGCGACCCCUAUGCCCUGACGCGGGUACUGCACGAGGUGGACCCCAGAUACGUAGUUCUGUAUGAUGCAGAGGUCACCUUUGUCCGCCAGCUGGAGAUCUACAGGGCCAGCAGGCCGGGGAAACCGCUGAGGGUUUACUUUCUCAUCUAUGGAGGCUCCACAGAAGAACAGCGCUACCUGACGGCUCUGCGAAAGGAAAAAGAGGCAUUUGAGAAGCUCAUACGGGAAAAGGCUAGUAUGGUUGUCCCUGAAGAACGGGAAGGCAGAGAUGAAACCAACCUGGACUUAGCAAGAGGCACAGUGUCCACAGAUGCUCCCACUGACACUCGAAAAGCUGGUGGCCAGGAGCGGAAUGGCACCCAGCCCAGCAUCGUGGUGGACAUGCGUGAGUUCCGGAGUGAGCUCCCAUCCCUGAUCCAUCGGAGGGGCAUCGACAUUGAACCAGUGACACUGGAGGUGGGCGAUUACAUCCUGACGCCCGAGCUGUGCGUGGAGCGCAAAAGUGUGAGCGAUCUCAUCUGCUCGCUGCAAAGCGGCCGCCUGUACAGCCAGUGCCUCGCCAUGUCACGCUACUACCGGCGCCCAGUGCUGCUCAUCGAAUUCGAUGCAGGCAAGCCCUUCUCCCUGGCGCCACGUGGUGCCUUCUUCCAGGAGAUAAGCAGCAGCGACGUGAGCUCCAAGCUCACACUCCUCACCCUGCACUUCCCACGCCUGCGGCUGCUCUGGUGCCCCUCACCUCAUGCCACAGCCGAGCUAUUCGAGGAGCUGAAGCAGAACAAGCCGCAGCCUGAUGCAGCCACAGCCAUGGCCAUCACCGCAGACUCGGAAACGCUGCCUGAGUCAGACAAGUAUAACCCCGGCCCCCAAGACUUCGUGCUAAAGAUGCCCGGGAUCAAUGCCAAGAACUGUCGCUCCCUGAUGAAUCAAGUGAAGAACAUCGCAGAGCUGGCCUCUCUGUCCCAGGAGCGGCUCACAAGCAUCCUGGGGCAUGCAGGAAACGCCAAACAGCUGCAUGACUUCCUCCACACCGCCUAUGCACAUGUGGUGUCGGGAGGCAGAGUGAGAAAAUGAGCCACGGCACUGAGAUGGCUAUUCAUUAAUCAUCUGCAUAGCAGUUCAUUCUUUCCCAGGGCUUUUAGGGACAGACCUUCUGUCCCCACCAUUUCCCCAAGCUCUGGGCUGAGGUGUGUCCUUCCCUUCCCUUGCUGGCUCUUGCCCUUCUGUGCCCUGUCUGUGCUAGGCUUGCAGUGCUUAUUUUAAAUAGGGUAUGGCAGGAUUGUGCCACCUGAAGCCAGCAGCAGUGCCAGCGUUGGCUGCUCAGGAUGGUAAAAGAUCCUCCAUCUUGUUCCUAACACUGUGUACCCAGGGUGUGGCAGAACUGAGACAGGGCCGAUGUUCUUACAUUCCUGCCAGCCACAGGACAAGCCAGCCCACUAGUCUUCCGGUCACUAUGGAUAUGUAGCGUGUACUGUGACGUGGUUGCUUAAGCCAGUGUUUUGGCAAGAACUGUUGACAAGAUUUGAUGAGGUCAUGAAGGAUUCCUCAGAAAUCUUGGUUUUCUCAGUGUUUGACCUCCAAAUUCCUACUCUAAGCCCAAAUCACAUCAGAGAGUCUUCAGACUCCCCCCGCCCCAUGUCACUGAGAUCAUUCACACGUCAGUAAUGUCAGCGCCAUACCAGAAGCACGGCAUCCUGCCCAUGCCCCUGUGCUGACCAGACAAGAGCAGAGGAGGUCCAGGUGCUUUCUAGAUGUGGGUUUCUCUUCUUCACAUUAAACGGUAAAUGCAAGAUCAGUGCAGAGAGUGCAUACGAAUUCAAAAGAAAUACGUAGAUGUUUAAAGACCAACAAAUCAAAUCUCAUGGUUGAUUUAGAUUGACCUUUCUGUGUUAACAUGGAAUUCACAUGCCAUUUGCAAACUGUGGUAUGUAAGUACUAGCUGUUGAUGUGGCAGUAACAAGCAGUAAAUUCUCUACCUCAAGAGCUGAUGCCGACAUGAACUCUAGCCUUGCCACACACAGUUGAUUACGUCAUCAGCCAUCCUUGGGUUUGUUGUGCUAAACUGAUUAAAGUGGACCUUGUAGCAAAAAUACUGUCUCUGACUUUAACAAAAGCACUUUGAACUGAAAUUUCCUGUUGAUAUCAUGAUUUAUUGGCACUUAAAAGUGCAGUUGUCCCUCAGUGUCCAUGGGCGGUUGCUUCCAGGACCCUCUGAUGGAGCAGAGUCUAGGUGCUCCAGGCCUUUAGCGACAUUUGCUCAUAACGCCUCCUCCUGUGAACUUCAAACUAUCUCUAGGUGGCUUACAGCAAUAAUGUAGCAUAGGUGGUGUGGGGAGCUAUACCCUAGGUGUUCAAGGCUAACGACAAGAGUCUGCAUGUUUAGUAAGGGUGCAUUUGUGGGGGGCUGUUCCCCGGGUGUUCAGGGCUAAUAACAGAGUCUUCAUGUUUAGUAGGGGUGCAUUUGUUUCCUGUGUUCCCCAUCCUUGGUUAAAUUGGAAGACGUGGUGGACGCUCAGGAGGAUCCGGUAAUUCCGUCCGCGGCCCGUCAGGAAUGAGUUGAGAGUGUCAAGACCCCGUUGAUUAUUGGAGGGUUCUAGUAUGUGAUGUGGGAAAUAGGGGGGAAGAUGAAAAAGUGAAUUCAAGGUGGAAAAGGAAUCUGAGCUACUUGUUUCUUCCCAGGAUAGAAACAUAUUUGCCUUCUGGACUCGGGCAGAGCUGCCUGGUGAGUUGCACUCAGGUGCUGGCGUGGGUCCAGCUCACUGACGCUGACGUGUCUCUUCCACUCACGGUGCAGGAACUCCACCUCCCUUUACUGUUGUUUUGUUCCAUAAACCAGAAAUCUUGGCAUAGCACCGCUAUGAUGGGCGUUUCAUUCAGGGUUAAAUUCUCACAGUUCCUCCCAAAGCCGCCAUUUUAAACGCCCUUGUCACCUAGUGCAACACUCUUUAACACAUUGACUUCCAGUGUCCGUCUGCUCCCCGUGUCAGCUGUUCACUGUGGCACACGUGGGAAUAAGCAGUGGCACAGUCUCCCGUGGGCUUGACCAUGACUGAACCAUAAGUGGUUGUCCCGAUGAUAGCCUACCACCUCUUCCUGACUGUCUCUCGGAUUUCCAGGUGUGGAACCUUCCAGUACAUCCGUGAGUUAUUUGGUUUUCUCAGACUUUUUUACACAUUUUUAGAAUCUGUGCUAAAGGAACAGGAAGCUGCAAAGUGCGAGUCCGACUUGGUUUGCAAGCAGCGUUCAGCUGCCUUUGACUUUCGCUGUUGCUCAAAGUCGUAAGUACCCAGUUUACUGAUGAGCACCUGGGCAGCUCUUCAAAGGCCUUUCCAGGCCAGGUCAGCCUUGUGGUUACAGCUGCUUACAUACAGCCCUUGAGCCUCAGACUUACAGGAAAUUACCCUUCGUUUACUUGUUUAAAUCCUAGCGCCUCUCUUGGUGUUUUCUUGAAAUUAUCUAAGGAGAUAUCCUACUUAAUAGUAGCCAUCAAGCAAAGCAUGGUGGCACACAGCCCUAAUCCCAGCUCUGGCAAGGAAGAGGCAAGUUAUCUAAAGAAAACUAGAAGUAAUGGCCGUCAAUACUGUCCUCAAGUAGUCGUGACAGUCCCUUUGGUGGUCACUCACCAGACUAACUGCAGAUGUCUGAGUGCUUCAUGAUGCAAUCCUAACUCACAAGUACUGGAAAUGAUCUCAUCCUGCCCCAUCGGGUCUGGAAAAUAUUGAGAUACAGGGACUGGGAGGAAGGAGGAUCAAGCCUUUUGUUUUUUCCAGCAGAAUUUGAUUUCAUGUUGCCUUAGAGAACAUCUUGAGGGAAAUUCUCUAUUAGUUUAACUUAGAAAUGUCCACUCAAAAAAAUCUUAAGAAAAUAUAACCAUGCCGGGCGGUGGUGGCGCACGCCUUUAAUCCCAGCACUCGGGAGGCAGAGGCAGGCGGAUCUCUGUGAGUUCGAGACCA